GUCAGCCAUAAAAGUGCGUUUUAGAAUGAUUACUGGUGGCCAGCGGAGAAACAGAUGAUACGUCUCCACACAACUGUUGUUUUAAAUCCCCUGAGCGAGGAGAUUUAGCAAGAAAAAACACUGGCUUCAAACCCAGCAGCAUAUUGUAUGGAAAAGCGACGGAAAGACUUCUGUUUUCAGAAAAAAGUCGUUUUCUCAGACACAUCUGUCAGACUUUGGGGAGUUUAAUUUCUGUCUUACUGGCGUUGGGUUUUUGUUGUACAGCUAGCGUGCCAGCUGGCUGAGGAAUUGAGAGAUUGGGACUAGUUUUUGUUUGUUUGUUGUAACCUUUUUUGCACAAUAUUGUGUUCAUUUCUUUGUUUUAAAAUUGUGAAACUAACCGCCUAAAAACAUGAAGGACCGAUUGGAGCAACUUAAAGCGGUGUGUGAUCAAGAUGACGACGAUGUGGAGAUUGCUAUGGAUAAUGCAGCCUUCAUGGAUGAGUUUUUUGCUGAGAUCGAGGUAAUCAGAAACAGUAUUGAUAAAAUCGAUGAGAAUGUGACAGAAGUGAAAAAACUUUACUCUGUCAUCCUGUCUGCUCCCACGUCAGAUCAGAAAACACAGGAGGACUUGGAGGCAAUCACCAGUGACAUAAAGAAGUUGGCCAACAGUGCAAGAAACAAACUCAAGACUAUUGAGAGGAAUCUGGAGUCAGAAGAGCAGGAGAGGGUGUCUGCUGACAUGCGGAUACGUAAAUCACAGCAUGCAGUGCUGUCCAGGAAGUUUGUGGAGGUAAUGACAAAGUAUAAUGAAGCUCAAGUGGACUUCCGAGAGAGGAGUAAAGGACGUAUUCAGAGACAGCUCGAGAUCACUGGAAAAGCAACAACAGAUGAAGAGCUGGAGGAGAUGUUGGAGAGCGGUAAUGCUGCUGUGUUCACUGCAGGGAUUGUAGACUCAGGGAUCUCCAAACAAGCCCUGAGUGAGAUUGAAUCCAGACACAAAGACAUCGUCCGUCUGGAAAGUAGUAUUAAGGAGCUGCACGAUAUGUUUGUAGACAUCGCCAUGCUGGUUGAGAGCCAGGGUGACUUGGUAGAGAACAUAGAGCAGAAUUUAUCCAAGUCAGUGGACCAUAUAGCUGUGGCAAAAGAAGAGACCAAAAAAGCUGUAAGGUAUCAGACCAAAGCACGCAAGGGUGGGAUGAUUGACAGGAUUGAGAGCAACAUGGACCAGUCGGUGGGCUUUGUGGAGCGGGCUGUAGCAGACACUAAAAAAGCUGCAAAGUUUCAGCAAGAGGCUCGCCGUAAAAUGGUGAUAAUAGUUGUGAUUGUGGUGGUCUUGGUGAUCAUAGUGGUUCUGGCAAUUGGAUUGUCAUUGGGAUUAAAGAAAUGAUGAUGAGAUAUUUGAGUAAGAGGAGAGCUAAAGGUGAGUAACUGAGCAAAUACCUGCUGUAUAAUGGGUGUGUGUCUGUUAGGCAUGCUUUGGGAAGGAGUUUGCACUUCCUUUGAGGCUUUGUGUGUUUUCUUACCAUCCAUGGGGCUUACUCGAGGUGUAUGGUUUGUUUUGGAGUUUUUUUUUGUUUGUUUGUUUGAAAUACUUUGGUGUGGUGUUCUCCUGUUUCGCAUCAGUGGUCAGUUUGUCGAAGCUGGUGCUCUGGUUUGUGGGUUCUUUUCAGUUGUUUGUAUCCCAUCAUCAACACUAUUUCUGUAUGUUUCUCCUUCUCUGUAGAAGAAGAUAAUUAUUGCCGUGGCCUGUGCUGUGCUGCUUGUCAUUAUCCUCAUCAUCGUCCUCACCCAGACACUAUAGCAGGACUGAUCGUUGCCAUCAUCUCAUAUGUGUAUUCAACAUCCUCUUCAUCGUAUUCAUCAGCCAGCCCGCAGAUGAAAAACUGAUACUGAUCACUCCAUAUGGGUAUAAGAAUAUUUAACCUGAAGAAAUUCUCAAUUGAGUAUGACUGAAGUUCUGGUGUUAAGUUUGACCUCUGGGGGCGAAAAAAGGCAAACAGAGGUAUGUUUGACUCCCUCAGUUUUGGACAUUUGACGAUGCUCUGCCACAAAUGAGGAAACAAGACCAAAGCUGACUUAUAAGGUACAUUCUCUAUUGUACCUCUGUGAAAGCGAAAAGGGAAUUGGGGGGGGGGGGGACCAUCACUCCAGUGUCACUAAACAUUUCACUGAUCAACAUUUGCUGCCAAAGAAUCAGCUGAUUUUAAGAUUGAAAAGCUCCCCAUUAAAUGUUCACUGCUGUAGGGUUUGUUUGUUUGUUUGUUUGUUUUGGGGGGUUUGGAGUUCCAGCACUUUAAUGUUUCCAAAUAUGUAGCUCAGAUUUCGUCAUGUAAACGAAUUGUUGGGUGCUCUCGAAUGAUUUGUACAUUUAGAGAGCUUCGGGGUGGUUUGUUUUAACAAUGUGAAGGAUUGAACUUAUGGGAACACAUUUCAUGAACUUACAGGCAAGUGUGAUGAACUUGCUCACUUGCAGCAGCUGUAAUUUGAUUCUUUUUCAAAAGCCAAACCAAACCUUUUGCGUAUAUGGACACGGUUAUCCCUCCUGUUAAAGUGCUGUAAAAAUAUUUUAAUGCCAAAGGAAUUUUAGAGUCUGGUAGUAACACUAGUAGUUUGUUUCCCAUAAGUGCCAGAAUAAUCUCUGUAUUUAUUUUACUUGUUUAAAAUAUGUUAUAAAGUCAGAUACAAAUGGACACUCUGUAAAGUAGCCUUGGCUAGUCGUCUUACUACUGGGAAAAGCCUUAACAGGCUUAUUUUAGAUCUUACUACUGAGUUGCCAGUUUUAGACACAACCCUGCUGUACAGCUUAUGUUUGUGAAAGUUAUAAUGUUCAGUUUUUGUUUGCACACCCUUAGAGAUGAGAUGGUCUAACUUCAUGAACAUCAAGGAGGCUGUUUGUGUCCUUCCGGACUGUGCUGCUCUUUACUUCACAGGUGUGUCUAAUAUUUAGACUGCCGUCAUUGGUGAAUGGCGGGUGGGGGAAACGCCUCUUACUCUAACCAGUUCAAUUGCACCACAAACUACGUCCUCCAAAAAAACCCAUCAAGUCUUACUGAACAAUCUAAAGUGAACAUUAUUAUUAUUUUUUUUAAUAAGCAAUGUUAAUGUACAUGGAAAACAUCUGUAUUUUUAAAAAAAGAACAUGCACAAGCCAGGAUUUUUUUUGUGUAUUAGCUUGCAUUAGAUUUGUUACCUCACAGUUGAGUAAUGGUUGUUUGCCAUCAUUUCAUUCAGUUUCUUCAUAAAGACAAUCAUUGAAACUGAGAGUUUACUAAACCAAAGUGCACAGGUUGCCAUCCCGUGGCUUUAACAGGGUAAUUAAAGCAUGUGAUGCCAGCUGUGCAUGAAAGCACUGUAUCAUGGGUAAAAUAUCAAGCUGUCAUAAAGAGAAAAGUGCCAACGUAAGGGAGUUUUUCAGUGAUGCAGUUUUGUAAUUUUAAACCUAAAUGAAUGCCUUUUUUUUUAAAUUCUGGUUUUCCAUGAAGCACUUGAAAAUGAGAAUCCCCCAGCAUCGUCAUUUAGCCCCACAGUCUGCUCUUUUAUUUUGAGUCAUCAGCACAGUCUGGAACAUAAAAAUAAAUUGAAGCUUUUGUAUCCAUUUUUAAGUGUCAGUGAUUUUUACCAGAAAUUAAAGAUUUUAUGUGUUAAAUUGACUGGUGUUUACUUUGUCAUGUGAUUUGCAGAAUCGUAACUAUGUAACUGAAUUUUUACAUUUCUGGCGACUGCUUGCUGCAGAGGAGUGGUGUGAAUGUGUGUUUUAUUGGAGUGUAGUAGCUGCUGUCAGCAUGUUAACCACAGUGUUGCAAAGUACAUCUUUUAAAGACUGGUGCACGUGCAAAAAGGGGUAAGUCGUUUCACCUUUCCUCUCUCUUUACAUGCACACACAGAGUUGCACACUAACCUCUAUAAUCCUUUGUUCUCCUUUUGCUCAAUCAUUUCCUCAAACCUGUGCCUGUCAGUUAAUUGUGCGAAGCGUAAUUCCUCUUAUUGUUGUCUGACUACUGUAUGCUUCUGAUUGCAUCUUCAGAAAAAAAUGAUGAUUACUUUGUGCUGUGCCAUCAUUGGGAUUGUUGGGUUCUCCUAUCUCUACAGCUUCUUCUCAUAAAAAGGGUUUACACAGGCAUGAGGAUUUCUCCAAAAAUAGGAAUAUUCCCUUGAUGCUCCUCGACGUUGACCCCAAGCUUGAUUUGAAGCUUUUUUUUUUUGUUUUUGUUUUUGUUUUUUUUAGAAGAACCACAUCUUUCCCGUGCACCUUACCUUCUAUUAUAAUCUGAAUUGUAAUGAUUUUUCUUGCUGUGUGAAGUGUUUGAAAUGUGUUGUGUGUAGAUUUCUCACCCAGGUGGCUUGGCAUGUGACUUCUAAUCAUAUUGGUCCAUAUAGUCUACUGCCUCCUGGUGGUGCAUCAAGGGAAAAUCCCGUGUUCAGAGAAAUUGUAAUUAUCAGGAAAACGUUUCCAACGAUUUCAUAAAACUUAACAAGCAUACAUGACGAUUUUUUUAAAAUAUAUUAAAUUAAUUAUUUUUGCUGUCUUGGCUCCAAAAUGGUAUGUUCCAAAGCGUCCAGUUUAGUGGUAUUGUUUUUGGCCAGUUUGUCAUAAUAUAAUAAAAAUGUGUGUGACUUUGUUGUGCGUGAAUGUGUGUGAUCUGUCUGUGCUGCUGAAACGCUCGUACUGAUGGUCUUUUCUGUAGCAGCGACUGUCAGUCGCUCAAUGGCUGUGUGUUAUCUCAAUAAAGCCUGUUAUGUAAUCAAAGAUUUCUGUGCGUUACACCAAGUGUUGUGUGCGGCUCCCUUCUUGCAUGAGGCGCAGCUGAGCGCCUCUGCGUGGUGCUCCUGAUGUCCCUGUUUUGACUUGCAUAGUACUGACCAUAUGCACUUAUUUUCCUAUGUCAAAGAUGUAAAAGCAGCAGCUAAUAUAGGCACGACUUUGCAUCCGCGUAUGAGGAUCCUUCCUGACCUCAUUUCAUCCCCAUCUAGCUGCUCUUCCUAACCAGCUCCAAGCCCGGCCCAUCCACACGACGCGGGGCGGGGACUAGGUGAGGGUGCGUUCGCUUUCCUGCUCGGUGUUUGGAGAGUCAGCAGGAAUGGGAAGCGGAAGAAACUUAAUUGAGCAACAUAAGAACAGGUAAAACAGGGAGCCUAGUAAAUAAAAAGUUAGUAAAGCUAUAUUAAGGUUUCAGCUGGCGCCACUGUACUUAAAUAAAAUGUACAUUUAAAAGUAAGGGUCCGUUUUCCUGAGUA